GCGUUUUAAAAAUAGCUGAUUUUGGUUUGGCCAGAGUAUUUCAGAAGGAUAAGGAGCGUCUAUAUAGCCACCAAGUAGCGACAAGGUGGUACCGAGCUCCUGAAUUGCUUUACGGAGCCAGAAAGUAUACCCACAGUGUGGACUUGUGGGCAAUCGGCUGCAUCUUUGGUGAACUUCUCAAUUGCUCCCCUUUGUUCCCAGGUGAAAAUGAUAUAGAGCAACUUUGGUUUGUGAUUCGUGUCCUUGGCACUCCUAAUGAGGAAACCUGGCCGGAGAUGAAGGAACUGCCCGAUUACAAUAAAAUUGGUUUUUCCUACUGCAAAUCGCUACCUUUUGAUGAGAUCCUACAGGAUGCAUCCAAUGAAGCAAUCGAUUUAAUAAAAAGAUUUUUGGUAUAUCCCCCAGAUCAAAGGAUUCCUGUUUUCCAGUUCAACAUGACUGAUAAUGAUACGUAG